AUGGCCGAAACCACCCAGACCCAGACCCCCGAGGUUGACUACACCUUGAACAACCCCGACACUCUGACCAAGUACAAGACUGCUGCUCAGAUCUCCCACAAGGUCCUCGAAGCUGUCUCAGCGCAAUGUGUUGAGGGAGCCAAGAUCAUUGAGCUCUGCCAGAAUGGUGACAAGCUCCUGGAGGAGGAGCUUGCCAAGGUCUACAAGGGCAAGAAGAUCCAGAAGGGUAUCGGCCACCCCACGACUGUCUCUCCUAACUCCUAUGUGACCCCGUACACACCCUUGGUUUCGGAAGCUGCGGAGGCGGAGACAACUCUCAAGGCUGGUGAGAUCGCGAAGAUCCAGCUUGGUGCCCAGAUCGAUGGAUUCGGAACCAUUGUUUGCGACAUGGUCGUUGUCGGUGCUUCCGAGGUUACCGGCCGCGAGGCGGACCUCAUCCACGCGACUCACUACGCCAACGAGCUGCUUCUGAGACUUAUGGCGCCCCCCGGCCUCCUUGCUACUGGAUCCGAGGAGGAGAAGAAGAAGGCCGCCGCCGCGAAGGCUCCUACUCAGGCCCGCAUCACCCAGCUGAUCGAGAAGGUCGCCAAGACCUACGACUGCAACGUUGUUGAGAACACCACCAGCUGGCUUUUCGAGCGCAACGAAAUCGAGGCCGAGAAGAAGAUCAUCCUUUCCCCUGGCUCCGGCGUUAAGGGCGAGGGUGUUCCCGACGUUGGUGAGGUCUGGGGUGUCGAGGUUGGCCUGUCCCUUGGAUCUGGCAAGGUCAAGAACCUGGACCACCGUCCCACCCUGCACCGACGUACCACCACCACAUACCAGCUCAAGAGACCCAGCUCCCGAGCCACCCUCACUGAGAUCGUCAAGAAGUUCGGCCAGUUCCCCUUCAGCUUGCGCCAGCUGGAUGACGAGAAGAGCGCCAAGGUCGGUGUUAUUGAGUCCGUUCGCAACGGUGUCCUGAGGCAGUACGAGCCCGCUGGUGAUGCUGACAACGCCGCGGUUUCCCGUUACCUGACCACAAUUGCUAUCACCAAGAACGGUAUCACCAAGCUCGCGGCCCCCGCUGCUCCCGACUUUGAGAAGGUCAAGUCCGACAAGAAGAUCGAGGACGAGGAGAUCCUCAAGAUCCUGGAACUUCCCCUGUCCAAGUCUACGGGAUCGAAGAACAAGAACAAGAAGAAGAAGGCCAAGAAGGCCGACGGUACUGAUGAGUAA